AUGUCGAAGUAGAGUUUUUGUGAUUGGGGCUAGUGGUAAUGUUGGCAAAGCUACAAUAAAUGCACUUGCAAGAAACUACGGAGAGAAGCUUGAUAUCAGAGCUGGCGUACGAAACCCUGUGAAAGUUGCCGAAUUUACAUCCCUUCAGGGCGUCACAGUCGUGCGAGCGGAGAUGGGCAAACGAGAUGAGCUUAUUGAGAUCUUCAAAGAUGUCGACGUACUGUUUAUUGUCGUGGCAGGUUCUGCUGAUCGUGUAGAGUUAACCCGUGUGACGGCUGAGGCUGCAAAGGAGGCGGGGGUAAAACAUAUCCUUUGCUUAGGCGCUCCUGUUAGUACGUAUGACACUAUAUUUGGGAAACAGUUGCACGAUAUCGAGUGUAUCAUAACAGAUCUUUGUCUGCAUUACACAAUCCUUCGUCUACCCUGGUUCAUGGAGAACUAUUUUGUUUGCGAAGAAAGUAUAAAGAAAUCAUCAGUGGUUUAUGAUGCUAUAGAUCCAAUCAAACGUUUUCCUGCCAUAUGUAUGAAUGAUGUCGGCUUAGCAGCAGCAAUCGUUAUGUUUUCUCCUGAAAAACAUGCAGGCAAGAAGUACCUUCUGGUGAGUAACAGACACUCCUACAAAGAUUCGGUAAAAGCGUUUAGCGAAGCUCUUGGCAAAGACGUGAAGUACACCCAGCAAUCAUAUGAAGAAGCAAAGGUAGCGUGGUUGCAGAAAGGUUUUCCUGAGUGGGAUGUUGAUGGUUUGAUUGAGUAUUGUAAAGAGGUGAAUGCGGGUCGUUACGAAGGAGAAAAUGAUCAUGACUUCACAUAUAUCACAGGGAAACAACCAACGAGUGUAGCUACAUGGGUCCAACAAAAUGUUAGCAUGUUCAAGUAA